AUGCCCAGGAGGAAGAGGAAGGACCCCAACGCGCCCAAGCGCGCCAUGACCGCCUACAUGCUCUUCUCGCAGGAGAAACGAACGCAGAUUAAGACCGACCAUCCCACCGUCGGCUUCGGCCAAGUGGGCAAGCUGCUCGGAGAGGCCUGGGCGGCGCUGCCCGACGGAGAUAAGAGGAAGUACAACGAGCUUGCCGCCAAGGACAAGAUCCGGUACCAGAAGGAGGCGGCUCAGUACAAGGAGGACCACCCCGAGAGCAGCGAUGAGGAGGAGAGGCCGGCCAAGAAGAGGAAGAAGAAGGAUCCCAAUGCCCCCAAGAAGCCCUGCUCGGCCUUCUUCCACUUCAGCAAGAAGAUGAGGCCACGAAUCAAGGACGAGAACCCAGACGCCUCCUUCGGCCAGCUCGGCAAGAUCAUUGGCGAACAGUGGUCGAAGCUCGGAGCCGAUGAGCGAAAGGAAUUCGAGACCCUUGCCGCCGCAGACAAGGAGCGAUACGCGAAGGAGAUGAAGGACUAUCAGGCCAAGAAGGACUCUAGCUCCGACUCUGAUAGCUCUGACUCGUCCGACAGCGAUUCCUCCUCUGGCUCGUCCGGCUCGUCUGAUUCGGAUUCUGACUAG